CGCGUGCUUCUCGCUUCUCCUCCACGUCGCGACUUCAUCAACCCCCUGCUGCCGGGCGUCAUGCCGCUGCAAUGGCUGCCGCGCCGGUUGUCCAAGCCGAGGCUGGCAUGGUCGGCUCGACUGAUCAGCUCGACGGCUCAACGCAGUGUCAGCCACGAGCAUCACGCCGCAGCGCUCGUUUCCAAGCUUGAUACCUCGUCUGCUGCGUUCAAGAGCAAUAAACUCUCCAUGGACGGCCUGCAAAAUCAUUUAGAUGACCUCUACACCAACAAGAUCAGGCUCGGCGGCUCGCAGAAAGCCCGUGAGAAGCAUACGAGUAAAGGCAAAUUGUUACCACGCGACCGGAUCAAUCGCUUGCUCGACCCCUUUUCGCCUUUCCUCGAGCUGUCGCCCUUUGCCGGUCAUGAGCUCUACAAAGACCCGCUACCUGCAGGGGGGAUGAUCAGUGGGAUUGGUACAGUGAGCGGCACGCGUUGUAUGAUAUUGGCGAACGAUCCCACGUCCAAAGGGGGAUCAUACCAUCCCAUCAGCGUCAAGAAGCAUCUUCGCGCACAAGCCAUUGCGGCAGAGAACAGGCUACCAUGUAUCUACCUCGUCGAAUCAGGCGGGGCCGCUCUGCCUUUCCAAUCUCAAGUGUUUCCAGAUCGAGAGCAUUUUGGCCGGAUCUUCUACAAUCAAGCUCAGAUGAGCAAAGCUGGCAUACCUCAGCUAUCGGUCGUGCACGGUCUCAGUAUCGCAGGUGGUGCAUACAUGCCCGCCAUGUCGGACGAGAACAUCAUCGUGCGUGAUCAAGGCGCGAUCUUCUUGGCCGGUCCUGCCCUCGUCAAGGCGGCCACAGGCGAAGUCGUAUCUUCAGAGGAGUUGGGAGGAGGCUUGAUGCAUUCCACUGUCUCGGGCGUGACAGAUCACCUGGCAGAAUCCGAUGAGCAUGCACUCGUUCUCGCCCGACAGGCAGUCGCUAGCUUCUCCUACAAACCUCUCCCUUAUGAAUCGUCUCGCAAGCCACGGCCCGUUGAAGAACCGCUGUACGAUAUCACAGACUGUAAUGGUAUUGUCAGUGCGGACAUUCGCAAGCCUUUCGAUAUGCUCGAGAUCAUUGCGAGACUAGUCGACGGUAGCAAGUUCCACUUCUUCAAAAAGCUGUACGGCGAGACCAUCAUCACUGGCUUUGCGCAUCUACACGGCUAUCCCGUCGGUAUCAUCGCAAACAAUGGCGUCCUCUUCUCGUCUGCAGCACUAAAAGCGACGCAAUUCAUCCAGCUAUGCGAGCAACGCGGUAUCCCGCUGCUGUUCCUCGUCAACGUCUCCGGAUACAUGGUAGGCAGGGAUGCCGAACAGGGCGGCAUCGCUCGUGAUGGCGCCAAGAUGGUCAAAGCAGUCGCAACGACGACUGUGCCCAAAUUUACUGUCAUCGUUGGCGGUAGUUUCGGUGCUGGCAAUUAUGGCUGCGCUGGGCGAGCUUACGAUCCUCGCUUCCUGUUCAUGUGGCCGAACGCAAAGAUCUCUGUCAUGAGUGGCGAGGCACUCAGCGAGGUGAUGGCGUCCGUGUCUAGCGAUCCCAGCCAGAGAGAAAAGCUAAAAGCCCAGAUCGAGCACGAAGCAACCGCGCUUUACAGCAGUGCGCGUCUUUGGGACGAUGGCAUCAUCCGGCCAGAUCAGACUCGAUCGAUCCUCGGCUUAGCGCUUGCCACAGCGCACGAGAGCUUCGACAUCAAGCGAGAGCAUCAGUCGCCAGGCAAUUUCGGCGUCUUCCGUAUGUAAGCAAGGCAAGCAAACUGUGUGUGUUGUCUCUAUGCAUCCUGUUGUUGCAGUCUACGUGCUCUUUUGCGCUCAUAAAGACCCUUGAGAAUGAUUUUGAGCUUCUUAUCGCCAGUCUCGAAAUUGCUUUGCGCGAGAUCAAGAAGCUGAUCCGUUUGUUCA